CUAGAUUAACAAUCGAGUUCACAAAUUCAAAGAUCAAACGGCGCAAACUACGACUUUUGACAUGGUACCCUCGACCAAAGACCCAACUCAAAGCUACAGGUGCAAUUAAUCCCGUGAUAAUCAUGAAUAAACUACAAAUCCUAAAGACGGUUAUAUAAAAGGGUCACCACACAAGUAUUAACAAAGAGAUCAAGCUGCAACACUGGAGAGUUUCAAACAUGGCGGACGAGAAGCUGUCCAUUCCAAUAGUGGAUUUUAGUGUAAUGGGCCUUUGUAAUGAUGAAAUUCCAAGUGAUUCAGACGUGAGAGUGCAGCAAGUGGCUUCCAAUAUUUGCAAGGCGUUCAGCAGUAUUGGAUUUGUGUAUUUAAAGAACCAUGGUAUCAGCGACGACGAGAUUGAUAAAGUCAGAAAAGUUUCAGACGAGUUCUUUGCUUUGCCUGUUGAAGAAAAARUCAAGUGCUCAAGGGACAGUCACGGGUCUAACCAUGGUUGGGUAGCUCUUGAAAGAGAAAGUCUGAACCCAAAGAGACCAGCUGAUUUGAAAGAAGCUUUCAAUGUUGAAGUAGAAAAUUCAAAAUGGCCAACAUCUACUGUACCAGACAUGAAACCGUCACUUGAAGGAUUGUAUAACAAGUGUGUUCAGCUUGCAUUUAGAAUACUGAAGGCUAUAGGAAUUGGACUUAAAAUCAAGAGCCCUGAUUGGCUAAUAAAAGCUCAUCAGAACAUUGGAAAACCAAUCAAUUCCUCUGCCAUGCGCAUCCUCUACUACCCGCCAAUAACCAACGAUUACGUCAUCAAGAAGGACCAAGUACGAUGUGGUGAACACAGUGACUAUGGUUCGAUAACACUACUCUUUCAGGACGAACUUGGGGGACUACAGGUAUUCGCAUCAGCCAUUUAA